AUCGCUCCCCGGGGGUGGGGGCUGUGGCGCUGCUGCGCGCUGCGCCGGCCGGGAGGGGGGCGGCGGUUGCUGCUCCAAGAUGGCGGACGAGGAGGCUCCGCUCCUCCGGCAGCGCGACGGCGGCCCCGGCGGCGCGGCCGAGAGCGCCGAGCCCGCUCCGAAGCGCCAGCGCCUGGACUCGGAAGACGGCGGCUGCGGGCGGGGCCCGGCGGCCGCCCAGCGCCCGGACCGCGGCGCGGGGCCGCCGCCCGUCGCCGCUGUGGCGGCGGAGCUGCCGGGUGAGGCGGCGGCGGUGACCGCCGAUGGCGGCGGCCGGGCGGAGGAGGAGGACGAGGAGGCGGCGGCAGCGGCGGUCUGGAGCGGCGCGGACAAUAGGGCCGGGCUGUGGGGCCUGCCCCGGGCGGAGCCGCCUCCGCGGCAGCGGGGCCGGGGGGAGGGGGCGGAGGCGGCGCCCGGCGAAGACGCAGCGGAGGCGGCCAUUGGCUGCAGGCGGGCGCAGUGUUCAAACGGGGCGGCCGGGGCGCCGGCCCCGCAUCCCGAUAACUUCCUUUUUAGUGAUGAAAUCAUAGCCAAUGGUUUUCACUCCUGUGACAGUGAUGAAGAUGACAGAGCCUCACAUGCAAGUUCUAGUGACUGGACCCCAAGACCACGUAUAGGUCCCUACACUUUUGUGCAGCAGCAUCUCAUGUUAGGUACAGACCCACGGACCAUUCUGAAAGACCUGCUGCCAGAAACCAUCCCUCCACCGGAACUGGAUGAUAUGACGCUGUGGCAAAUUGUUAUAAACAUUCUUUCAGAACCACCAAAAAGGAAAAAACGGAAAGAUGUUAAUACUAUCGAUGAUGCCGUGAAACUUUUACAAGAAUGCAAAAAAAUAAUGGUCCUGACUGGAGCUGGGGUGUCAGUGUCUUGUGGAAUACCUGACUUUAGAUCCAGAGACGGCAUCUAUGCACGCCUUGCUGUAGACUUCCCAGACCUGCCAGAUCCUCAAGCAAUGUUUGAUAUAGAAUACUUCAGAAAGGACCCCAGGCCAUUUUUUAAGUUUGCAAAGGAAAUUUAUCCAGGACAGUUCCAGCCAUCUCUCUGUCACAAGUUCAUAGCUUUGAUGGACAAAGAAGGAAAACUACUUCGCAACUAUACUCAGAACAUAGACACAUUGGAACAGGUUGCAGGAAUCCAAAGGAUAAUACAGUGUCAUGGUUCCUUUGCAACAGCUUCCUGCCUGAUCUGUAAAUACAAAGUUGAUUGUGAAGUUGUCCGAGGAGACAUUUUCAAUCAGGUUGUCCCUAGAUGUCCCAGAUGUCCACCUGAUGAGCCCCUCGCUAUCAUGAAGCCGGAUAUCGUGUUCUUUGGAGAGAACUUGCCUGAGCAGUUCCAUCGCGCCAUGAAGUACGACAAAAAUGAAGUUGAUCUCCUUAUUGUCAUUGGGUCUUCACUGAAAGUAAGACCAGUAGCAUUGAUUCCAAGUUCCAUCCCCCAUGAAGUGCCUCAGAUCUUAAUUAAUAGGGAACCUUUGCCUCAUCUACACUUUGACGUGGAGCUUCUUGGAGACUGUGAUGUUAUUAUUAACGAAUUAUGUCAACGGCUAGGUAGCGAAUAUACAAAACUUUGCUACAACUCAGUAAAACUUUCCGAAAUAACAGAAAAGCCUCCUCGAACGCACAAGGAGCUGGAAAUGCACUCGGCCGAGCUCCCACCCACCCCUCUCAACAUUUCGGAAGACUCUAGUUCACCAGAAGGAACGACCCCACCAGACGCUUCGGUUGUGUCUGCAGAACUGCCAGCAGAAUGCAAGGCAGAAAACUGCGAUCCUGCCUCGGAAACUAAAGGGACCUGCACAGAGGAAAAGCUUCAGGACACACAGACAUCGCCAGAAAACCUUGACAAUCCCACUAGUGAAUUAAUGAACUCUGAAACAAUGAAGGAAAAUGGAUCUAACAGUGGAGAAAAUAAAGAAAAAAAUGAAAUAUUGAAGAAGUGCUGGGUAAACAGACCUGCAAAAGAACAGAUUAGCAAAAGGCUGGAUGGAAAUUUUUUUGUAAUUCAUAAUAGGUUUUAUAACCAGUGACUACAUACCCCAUAAAAAGAUCAACGUUUAGGAGGUUGAAGGUACUCAGUAUCUAUUUUUACCACCAAACCGCUAUAUUUUCCAUGGUGCUGAGGUCUACUCAGACUCUGAAGACGACAUCAUAUCUUCUAGCUCUUGCGGAAGCAGUAGCGAAAGUGGUUCAUGUCGUAGUCAGAGCUUAGAUGUGGAGGAUGAGAGUGAGAUCGAAGAGUUUUACAAUGGCAUAGAGGAGGAGGAUGCUCCCGAAAGGGAAGAGGAACCUGGAUUUGGGGAAGAUGGUGUUGAACAAGAGGAAUCGGCAGCUGAUGAAUCAGCUGAUACAAACGAAGCUGCAGGGACUGAUCAUCCAAGCGACACGUUGUAAAGUGAUCACUGACUGGUUACAGGAACUUCCCACCAGCAUUAGGAGCUUUGGCAUGUCAGAAUGAAUGUUUACGUCUGAAUUUAGAGCAACAAAACCAUAAGGAUGUAGUGUUUAUAAACAACUAAAACAGAUUUUCCUGCUUAGUUUUUUACCUUUUUCAAUAAAAUUCUAUUACUGCGCACUCAACACUAACUCAUCUUUUUUUUUUAAGGUACUAGGAAUAUCUAAACAAUUGUCACUAUGUUCACUUUUAAGUUCAUCUGUCUGGGCAGACAUCCAUGUAUAUAAUACAUAUUUUUGCUUAAUGAAUUUCAGCUUGUAUUAUUUUAAAACAGUUUUGAAAAAGCCAUUGGAAUGUUAAACUAAUAUAAAGGGAACAGCUAAUUUAGACCAAAGAAUGGUAUUUUCACACCUCUUGCUUUGUAACAGGUUUGUUUAUUUAAAACCUCUUAACACUUCUGCUAACCCUUUCAUUCUCGCCUAGUCUGUCACUAAACACUGGCAUUUUCUGAGACCUACUGUGGCAGCUAAUUUUUCGCUUUAACAGUUACUUUGUAUGUUUGAGACAUACUUAAAUGUGAGUAGAUAGUUAAAUGGAAACAAGACAAUGAGCACUUGUGAAAUCCUCUGGUUUUUAGACUGAUGAGUGCUGUGAAAACGCGUGGGUUACUGGGUUUAAUGCUUCCUGUGGACGCGAAGCGACGUUGAUGUUGGCUCCGUAGCAAUUAUAAUAGUGGCAUUUUAAGCAAAAUGGAUCCCCCGCGGUCAAAGUUUGUCAUGUUGUACAUGAAAGUCAAAUAUAGUGCAGCUUGUAUUAAAAAUAGCAUUUGAUAAAUUGCCAAGGCUCUAACGUGGAAGCAAGGCUUGAGUUCAGAAUAGUAUUUCUACCAGCAUGUGAGGACAUGCACAAAAAGAAGCUCUUCCCCAGGAGAGCUGCACUGAGAGCCGCUCGGCUCUGCUCCGCUGCCGAGCGGGACAGACCCACCAAACCAGUGCCCCGGCAUACGUAGGCUGAGCUCAGCUCUCGGCCUGGGAAAAUGAUUUUCCACCUGCCAGCUCCACCUUGCAUAUGAAAAGCAAAGCAGCCACUCCAGUGCUGACAUAGUGCAGUCCAGUGCUAGGCUGCCUUAAAACUACAUGUUGCAGAUUUUCAAGCGCGGACCGUUUCCAGGCCUUUAGAACCAUUUUCUAAAAUUGCUCAGUGCAGUAGUCAGUGAAACAGCAUUUUUCUAUAAACCACUUCAACAUUGGCCUGAAUGAACCCUAUGAUGUACAUUAUUCAUAUACCUUGCUUUAAUAUUUGUUAAACUUUGGAACAUGUAUAGUAGCUGUUCUUACACGAUACAUCAAGUUAAUAAAUAUUUAAGAACAGCCUCCUGUAUUCAUCAGAAUAUGUUGGCACGUUGUCUCAUUGUCCAAAUUUAAUACAGCUCUUAUUUGGCUACACUAAAGAAUGCAAUAUGUUUAGUUUUCACUUGCAUGUCACAAUGUAUUAGUUUGUGCUAUAGGAGAUAUUUUAAAUUGAAAUACUUUGUUUUAAAUUAUUUUUACAGUGAGGAUUGUUUUCUGCUCUUUUAUAUUGUAUAUAGUGUCUUUUAUGUAAUCUACUGGCAUAUGUUUUGUAGAAGACUGUUUAAAAUGACUGGCUAUCUUCCUGCAACUUUUGAAAUACAAAACCAGUGUUUUAUACUCGUACACUCUGUUCUAAAGUCUAUUAAAAUUGUCAUUUGA